AAAGGCUCUGCCGCCCCCUCCCCGGGAGGAACCGGCGGCGCAAAAUGGCCACGACGGUGCAUAAACCCCUCAAAUGGUUUUGGGGUGCUGACGGCGCCCGCAGCCUGGGCGAGGAGUUCUACCGCGAGGCGCUGGAGCACUGCCGCAGCUACAACGCGCGCCUCUGCGCCGAGCGCAGCCUCCGCCUCCCCUUCCUCGACGCCCAAACCGGCGUCGCCCAAAACAACUGCUACAUCUGGAUGGAGAGCGCCCACCGCCGCCCCGGCCUCGCCCCGGGGCAGCUCUACUCGUACCCCGCUCGUUGUUGGCGCAAGAAGAGGCGACUCAACAUCUUGGAGGACCCUCGGCUUCGACCUUACUGCGAAGCGCCCCUCAAGAAGGAGGGGGGUCUCCCCGAGGGACCGGUGUUGGAGGCGCUGCUCUGCGCCGAGACCGGGGACCGCAAAGCUGAGAUGAAGGAGGAGGAGGCGUCGCUGGAGUGCCCGAAGCCGCCGCCGAGCGAUUUCCCGCACGAGACGGAAGGGGAUGAGAUGGAUGAGGAUCCCCCGCGACGGAAAAACAAAGCCAAAGCCAAGGCUUAUGGGAUGGGGUCUGUCCGGAAGAGGACGGAUGCGACGGCGUUGGAGGAGAGAGAUAAACCCUACGUGUGCGAUAUCUGUGGGAAACGUUAUAAGAACCGCCCGGGGCUGAGUUAUCACUACACUCACACUCAUUUGGCCGAAGAAGAGGGUGAGGAACACGGGGAGCGCCUCGGCCCCCCCCGCAGGAACCACCACAAACAAUUUUACAAGGAGCUGAACUGGAUCCCUGAAAACCAGCGUCGCGGCACAGCUCGUGCGGCCCCGGAGGGAGCGGGAGCUCCGUCGGGUUACUGUGAUUUCUGUCUAGGAGGGACGCGGAAAAGCGGCUGCGCCGAAGAGCUCAUCGCCUGCGCCGACUGCGGCCGCGCCGGGCAUCCGUCGUGUCUGCAGUUCACGGUGACGAUGGCGGCGGCCGUGCGCACGUACCGCUGGCAGUGCAUCGAGUGCAAAGCCUGCAGCCUCUGCGGCACCGCCGAGAACGACGAUCAGCUCCUCUUCUGCGACGACUGCGAUCGUGGGUACCACAUGUACUGCCUGAGCCCCCCCAUGGCCGAACCCCCCGAAGGCAGCUGGAGCUGCCACCUCUGUCUGCGGCAGCUGAAGGAGAAGGCAUCAGCCUACAUCACCCUCACUUAGGGAAGGGGGGGGCCACGGGGGCGGCUGGACCCCCCCCCUGCACCCCAACAUCCCCCCCCGUACCCCAAAACCCCCUCCUGU